UUACACGCACAUCAUCAUCCCCUUGUGUCUUGAGGAUGAUUUCUUCACGUCUCUGACUCUUGCACAAAUUCUAAUGUCUUGGCCUCCGCCGGAAGCAGUUCCUCAAGCUGUUGUUAACCCAGCUCCAGGGCCUCUGAACCACACUGGCGGCCACACGCGACAUCGCAGAUUCAUAGGGCCUCUGCCAGAGGUGGUUGUUUUUCAAGCCAUUGAUGUCGUUCCACAGACUCCAAAGCGCAAAACAUGGCUGUCGUCUUUGAUGCAUACAGGCGUCCGUCAAGAACCAGAGGAAUCACAGCACGAGCAUGAAGAGGGCGUCAGAAGAGCUAUUCGCAAUCAUGCACAUCAGUUCUUUCUUGGGCGUGGUGGGCGUUCGGAAGAUUGGGGAGAACGUACGGAAAGGCAUGCACGCGAAGAGAUGUGGAGAAUAUGGAGGGAUAGCGAAUGGGGGAGGGCUCGCGCAGAGCGCAAGGAAUCCAAGACUGUGAAGCGUUGGGUGGGCUCCUCCUUUGAUGUUGGCAUGUUUCUAGGCGUGGACCUGCUCAGACACAGUCCCGCCACAUCACCACCGGGAACAGUGUCGGGGACUCAAGCAGAAACUGCUCCGCCCUCAACCGCAUUUGUUACCGCCCCCUCUAUCCCAAGUCCGCCUCCUUUGGAACAUCCGCGUCCUGGUUGGGGAGAUUCACAUCCUGCAAGUUUGAACGAACGUGAGGAUGACCAUGGAACUCCAAUCAGUGUGAGUGCAGACUCUCAUUCAGCUCUUUUGCAAGUAACCUCGCGGCCGUUGCACGACGUUCGAUCCGAACCUGCUCUGGUCACCCGCACACCAAUGGCUACUCCCACACAUGACGGCAUUCGAAGCGAUGGGGACGUGAGCCAGGUUCCUACCCCUCCGAAGAACAAGGGCAAGACAGUACAUUAUGCUGAUACUGCUACUGAAACACCUGUGACAACGGGGGCACCUGCACCUCCUGCUGAAGUCCUGAGUAGGACGGGUGUCCAAGUCCAGGAGACGAGUGCCGGUGCAGCCCAACAGGCUACGUUGGAAAACCAGGUAAGAUGGGGAGACGUGAUACUUAGAGAUCGCAUGCUUGUUAGAGUCUCACAUACCGACCGAGAAACUAUUGGCCCCAAUUUUGACGAGAAUCAGAAUCGUGUUACACCUCAUAUGCAGAAUGAGAAGUGGAAAGAAUACAUCGUUGCAUGGCGCAAGGACCAACUCGAGCUUCACGAAGAUCAUGCUACACCAGGAAAGGAGUGGCUUUCCGGCCAUAAGCAUCUAGCAUUCACGAUACCCCUUGACUCGAUGACAACACGACUAUCGUUAUAUUCUUUCGUCGACCUCACUUUUUGCUUGAUAUGCCCUGAAAAACCGCUGCAAGCUCGCUCGAAGAGGCGUUGGCUCUUAUUUGGUUCCUCAGGAACGAGCAUCUUCGUAUUCAAGGUCAAAGCCCGAACUAGAGCCGUUGACUGGGUGUGGCAUCUUUGGCGCCAUUUAGGCGGAAAAAUGCCUCCAUUUGUUGAGGUCAGAGCACCCUUCCUAGAUACCCAUUUCAGGAUCGAUAUACCCCAUUACGACUCAGCCGAUAUCCAAGCUGCAUAUUCUGUCUUCACGCGUGCCAAUAUUACUGCUUUAUGCGAGGCAGGUUUGCGAGAAGUCCCUGGUUACAAUACACUCAUCGAAGAAGAAAAGACACUUGGAGUUUCAUUCGAACUGGCUUGGAGGCUCGGCACCUAUUUGGAUUGGAUCUGGCAAGUCCAUGACGUGGAAGACAAGUAUCGCGACUGGGCUGUGCUGUGCGGAAUUGCGUUAAAGCAGCACAACAAACCGGCUCAUUUGGAAUUGCGUAUUCACCGACAUCGUCCGAAUCGUGUUCACUUGAAGGAUGGCACCCGACUAGAUGAACCUCCAGCAGUGGAAGGUUAUCUUCAACGUAUCCGGCCGAACACUCAACUCAAACAAUCGCUCUACCUAGUGACCCACGAUGGGUGGAUGUUCGCCACGACACCAGCACGUGCAUAUCCUCCCACACCUCCCGGAGCACCUUUGCAAACUGAGGACAUCGAAGCAUCGCCUCAAGAUAUCGAAGUAUGUAGAGGAAGACGACAAAUCAUGCAUGCAACCGGAAUGACGGAUUUGAGGAGUAUCGUUGCUGUGAGACGCGCUUUCCAGAUUAUACCUUCUUCGGCGGAACCUGUGUAUCGCGCGAAGUUUGAUUCGGAGGAUACAGAGGAGUUCUGGGCUCCACCGGAGAGUCAUGAAAUGGAUGGUUUGGAUCCCGGAGGGGAUGAAGCAUUGUAUAAAUCGACGGAUAAGGCGUCAUUGAGGAUGAGACGGUCCUUCGAGUUGCUACUGUCCUCUGGACGUGUGAUCCGUUUUGAGACACAUUCCUGCUCGGAUGCCUUGGAAUGGAUCAAUCGUUUGCGUCCUUUGGUCUCGUAUUGGCGAAAACGACAUCGAAUGGAUGCCAGAGAAGAGAUGAAUCUUGCUUAUGAAGCUGGGCGAUCGCGAAUCAGUCCUCCGAAGUUCGUUUGUGCUCGGGAGAAAACACCAGAACAUCUGCCCAGUCCCGAUGCGCCCUUGCCAGAGCUGAGUGUAUUCUACAAUUGGUGUGUGCUCGACGAGUGUCGACCCAUACUGAAGUGUGGACGCGUAUUCUGGCGUUUGGGUCGAAAAGGACCGUACAAACAACUGCAGCUUGUUCUUGUAUCUGGUCAUCUCGUCCAAUUUCACGUCACAGGAACGCCGUCUCUACACCACCGUCGACAUCUCACUGUCAAUCUUCUGGACGCCUACGUUUGUUCCGGUUACAUCGCCGCUCAACGUCUACCACCAGGUCAAUACCAUCCCGACACUCCAUCUUUGCCUCGUCGCUACCGGGAUGGGCUUGAAUCUGAUGAGUCCGAUGAGGAUACAAUCUUCAUGAUUUGGUACCGGAGGCACGUUCCCUCAGAAGAGAUGAUCCAAGCGGCCCAUCCUGUUGCAUCUACGGAUGGGACGAAGACAAUGCAUGCCGAUGUGCCUCCUCUGAAUGCCAAGCGGAAGCUUGGGGUAUAUCGGACUAGGAGCAAGUUGGAGAGGGAUGCAUGGGUUUGGGCGAUCAAUGUGGAAAUUGACAAAGCUGUGAGGAGGACGCGAGAGAGGGAGACAAGGAUCAGGGAAACAGGAAAGUUGAUUAUGACAUGACAUGACAUGACGCAUUCACUAUGGACACUUCGGACUUUCAUGACGCCUUAUUCACGUUGUCCUGGAUUUAGCAUUGCGGGGAUUGUUAGUAUAAUCACACUCUUGUCGUAUACCUUAGCAUCAUCAUCAUGAUAUUGAUCUCCAGCCUGAGUAUUGCAUCUGAAUAGAAUACGUGCAUAUAA